AUGUGGUUGAAAAACCAGCCACACAUUCACAGCCUCCUGGGCAUCCUUGUUCUCUUCAUCCUUGUUUCCACAGCAUCUGCUGCAAACCGUGGGUCUGACAUUCUCGACAAGGGCCGCAACAUCACCGACGGUGACACCCUUGUUUCGGCUGAUGGGUCAUUCACCCUGGGCUUCUUCCCUUCCGGGGUGCUUGCCAAGAGAUACCUCGGUAUAUGGUUCUCCGUGUCCGAGGACGCCAUCUGUUGGGUAGCCAACAGAGACCGUCCUCUCACUGACGCUCGUGGGGCGCUGGUGAUUAGUGACACGGGAAGCCUUUUCUUGCUCGAUAGCUUCGGCCAGGUUGUGUGGUCUUCAAACACGACAGGCGCUGCCUCCACGAUGCUGCAACUGCAUAAUUCAGGCAACCUUGUCCUGAGCGAUGGGAGUGCCAAUGGUGCUGCCAUAUGGCAGUCAUUUGACCACCCAUCAAACACCUUGCUUCCCAGCAUGAAGAUUGGCAAGAACCUAUGGACCAGGGAAGAGUGGUACCUUACGUCGUGGGCUUCGGCCAAUGACCCUGCCACAGGGAAGUUUCGCUACAUUACUGACGGAGAAGGUGUGCCACAAAACAUACUCUUGGAUGGUGACAAAAUGAUCUACCGGUCAGGACCAUGGAAUGGCCUACGGUUCAGCGGUGUCACGGAGAUGACCUCGUAUUCUGACAAGUUUGCUUACCAGUUGACAAGCAGCUCAAGUGAGGUAACCUACAGCUAUGUUUCCAAGGCUGAAGCCUCCUUCUCGCGUCUACUUCUGACUGAUGAUGGAGUAUACCAACGCCUGGUAUGGGACCCAACCAGCCGGUUGUGGAAGAUCUUCUUCCAAGCGCCGAGGGACAUCUGCGACCACUAUGGCAGGUGUGGGGCAUUUGGUCUGUGCAACGCCAAUGCUCCAUCAACGUCGUUCUGCAGCUGUGUACAGGGGUUCAGCCCGACAUCUCCAGUGCAGUGGAAGAUGAGGGACACCUCCAACGGUUGCCGCCGAAAGAUGGUACUGGACUGUGGCAAUGGAAUGUCCAGUACCACGGACGGUUUCGUGGUGAUAGACGGAGUGAAGCUUCCCAACACGCACAAUGUAUCGGUGGAUGCUAGCAUCACGUUGGAGGAGUGCAGGGCGAGGUGCCUGGCCAACUGCUCUUGUCUGGCGUAUGCGCCGUUGGAUCUCAAAGGAGGAGGCGCUGGAACUGGCUGCAUCAUCUGGACAGAGGACCUCAUGGAUCUCCGGUAUGUAGAUGGAGGGCAAAUCCUUUAUCUCAGAUCCACCAAGUCAGAAUUAGAUGGGCCAUCUGUAUCCAUGUUCCCAACCGGUAUCGUUAUCGGUGUAUCCGUAGCCUUGAUCAUCAUUCUGGUUCUCCUUGCCUUCUGGGUUAUUAUCACCAGGAGACGACAUCGCGUGCAAAGGGUAUUAGUACACAAUGGUCUGAGGGUGACAGGGGGUUCUGAUAGCCAUUCUCCGAAUCCCGCUUCGCCCAUGACGUCCGUCCCUACAAUUGAUCUCCAUACUAUAAUAGAGGCUACAGGAAGUUUCUCCGAUGCAAAUAAAGUUGUUGAAGAAGGAUUUAGUGUUGUCUACAAGGGGCAACUACCUGGUGGUACAAUGGUUGCUGUAAAGAGGCUCAAACAGUCUCUUCUUACUGAUAAAGGCAGGCAGCAUUUCUCAAGGGAAGUGGAAGUGAUGUCAACGCUCACCCAUGUCAAUCUUGCUAAGCUCCUCUACUAUUGCCGGGAAGGAGAUGAGUGGAUACUAGUCUACGAGUGGAUGGAGAAAAAAAGUUUGAAUCUUUACAUAUUUGGAGAAGAAGGACUCCGUUCCUCACUGAGUUGGGCGCAAAGACGGGAAAUAAUUCGAGGUGUGGCCAUAGGUGUUGAAUUUCUUCACGGCAGAGGAUUCAUUCACAGGGAUCUAAAACCUGCGAACAUACUUGUCAGUGAUACGUGGGUUCCAAAGAUAGCAGACUUUGCCACCGCAAAGCUAUUUAUUGACGAGCAGACAGAUUUGACAUUAGUACAGACACGGGGAUAUGUGGCUCCAGAGUAUAUAGGGGAAGGGGCCCUGACGUACAAGUGUGAUUUAUAUAGCUUCGGAGUCGUUUUGCUGGAGAUAGUCAGUGGCCAAAGGAGAACAAGCAAUGCAACGUUCCUUCCUGAUGCCUGGGAAUUGUGGAAUCAAUGUAAGAGCGGGGAGCUUCUUGAUGUGGCGGUGGGUGGUGAACCUGAAGGUGAAGUCUUGUCGGGGCUACUCAGAUGCAUCCAGAUUGGCCUUCUCUGCGUGCAGUAUUUGCCAGAGCAUAGACCUUCAAUGUCUGAAGUUGUGGCAAUGCUAAACAACAGCUCACAGCUCCCCAGGCCACUGAAACCCACACCAAACAGCAGACCAGGACCGGGCGCACAGCCAGGACCGAGCCGGACCUUCUUACUGUGGCUAUUUUGCUCAUGUGGACGUGACCCCACGAGCCCAGGCAUGGAAGCUACGGUGUAGUGCUUCGGUCUAUCAGGGUGAGGCAGAGGCAGUGGCGGUGCAAGAGGAAAUAAGCCUAAA